CGGUCUGUUCUUCAUGUUUGCAUUUGAUGCAGAAUUCACAACUAUGUCUGGGAGACGGCUCCGUGAUGCUGUGAAGGCAGUGCUUACUGCAAGUACUGGACAGUUUAAUGGAAAUGUGCAUGUUGUAAUAGCUGGGCUAAGUAACACAUAUUCUCAAUAUAUUACCACCUUUGAGGAGUACGAGAUACAGAGAUACGAGGGUGCCUCCACACUUUUUGGUCCGCAUACCCUCAGUGCCUACAUACAGGAGUUCAAGAAGCUCGCAACAGCCCUAAAAAGUGGACAACCUGUUCAACAAGGCCCACAACCACCAGAUCUUCUAGACAAGCAAAUAAGCCUUUUAGCGCCAGUUGUGUUGGAUGCAACUCCCAUAGGCAAAAAAUUUGGGGAUGUCUGCAAAGAUGUACCUAAGAACUCCACCUUCAAGAGAGGUGACACAGUAACUGUUGUUUUCUGGUCCGCAUGCCCCCGAAAUGACCUCAUGACUGAAGGUACAUUUGCUCUUGUGGAGCUUCUCCAAGGGAAGGAUACUUGGAUUCCUGUUUACGAUGAUGAUGACUUUUGCCUCCGGUUUAUAUGGUCAAGACCUUCUAAAUUUAGCGCUCGAAGUCAGGCGACUUUAGAGUGGAGAAUACCAGAAACAGCUGCUGCAGGUGUUUAUAGAAUAAGACAUUUUGGUGCUGCUAAGAGUCUUCUGGGGUCAAUCAAGCAUUUCACGGGUUCAUCCAGUGCUUUUGUGGUGGCCUGAGAAUCCUCCAUUUGGGUAUAUAGAUUAUAAGGUGAUCAGAUGUUUGUGCUUUGUGCACUUUGUCAGAUAUGAGCUUUAACCUGAGGAAACAUUCUCAGAAACAAAGAGUGUUUGCUACCUCUUUUGGUCGACAAAUUUCAGAGAGGCUCCUCGGAAUUUGCCCUUUGCAUAUUUGUAGCUCCGAGCUCAUGUAUCAUUCAACUUAUCAACCACGUAUUUUUUUUUUAUAGUAAACGCACGUAUAUCACUCACUCUA